CUUUUUACCAUCACCCAUCAACCCAUCAUAGAAGACCCAUCAGCGGCUGAUCUUUCUGGUUUGUAACCAGUCAGCAUCGGUGCCGGCAUCACUCCUUUCUACACACUUUUUUCUUUCAACCGUCCUCGUCGAUAUUGACGCGAAUCGAAUGCAUAUCGGGCCAAUUUGAUGGCAAUUUUUCAUCAAAAAUUCGUUUGAAAUGCAUUUUUUAGUUUUUCUCAUAUCGUUCGGUGUCAGUUUUGUGAAUUGUGCCGAUGGAUUGGUUUCGAAAAUUUUCCACGAUGACCUGCACCCAUACAGAAGCCAAAUCCUUUACAACAACCUAAAACGAAGCAUUAACUCCAACGAACCCAGUUUACCAGACAAUUUUGCACUACCUAGAAAACCAUCCAAAAUAUACAAACCAUACCAAAAACCAUUCACGGUGUACAAAAAUACCAUCAUCCGAGCACCAGCGAAAACAGACGAAGACACUAUAAGUAAUCUGGUAACGGAAAAUGUAGUGGAAACCAAACCUAUUACUAUAAGGAAAAACGGCAGUAACAUCCAUCACCAAUUCUUCGGCACUCCCCAGAAGGCGAAUGUUUUUGAUUGGUUCUUGGGAUUGGUUGGGAUAAGACAACCUGAUCCUAAUGCACCGACUGUUGAACCUAUGAAAAAUUGUCCGCCUUGUAAAUGCGGCCAGUCUUUCAAAAACGUCAGAAUCGUUGGUGGUAUUGAAACAAUGGUAAACGAAUAUCCUUGGAUGACUGCUCUUUUGUACAACAAUAGAUUCUACUGCGGUGCAUCCUUGAUUAACAGUAGGUACUGUCUUACGGCUGGUCAUUGCGUCAAUGGAUUUAACAAAGACAAGAUCACUGCUGUAUUCCUUGACCACGACAGGUCCAACUCUUUUGAAACAAAUACGAUCAUGAGAAAAAUUAAAAACAUUUACCGGCACAGGGGUUACGGAACUGGGGGUAGCUACAAUAAUGAUAUAGCGAUUAUAGAAUUAGAGCAAGAAGUGCCUUUUUCUGGAUUGCUAAGACCAGUUUGCUUGCCUCCAACUGGAAAAAGUUUUUCUGGAAUUCAAGGUAUAGUCACUGGCUGGGGAGCAACCAAAGAAAACGGUCAAACUUCCAACAAAUUGAGAGAAGUUAGAGUUCCUAUUUUAUCAAAUGUAGAUUGUAAGAGAACGGGAUAUGGUGACAGGAUAACAGAAAAUAUGAUGUGCGCCGGAUAUACCGGAGGAUUAAAAGAUUCGUGUCAGGGAGACAGUGGUGGCCCUCUUCAUACAAAAAAUGGGACAGUACAUCAAAUUGUAGGGAUAGUAUCAUGGGGUGAAGGCUGUGCAAAACCAAAUUACCCCGGAGUAUAUACGAGGGUAAACCGAUAUAUCUCCUGGAUAAAAAGUAAUACAAAAGACGCUUGUUACUGUAAC